GGUAUCAAGAGUAGAUAUAUCGUGCAGAUUGUUAAAUCUAGCAAACCCAUUUCCCCAAUAAGUCAACAAGAGCGAUAAAAUCGAAACAAAAUGCCACAAGAAGUACAUACUGUUGCCGCGAAAGAUGUCCGGAAAGCCAUCGAUUCCCUAAUUUUUCAGAUGGUCCAUAUCAAGGAUGAAUCUGGGACAUUUCUAUUACGAUUGGAGGACGGUAGAGUGAUUGAUACCAAAGGAUGGCAGGGUUGGGAAUGGACACAUGGAAUUGGACUUUAUGGUCUUUGGAAAAACUACUGCAUCAAUGGAUCUCAAGAAUCAGUAGAGAUUAUCGAAAAGUGGUUUCAAAAUCGCUUCGAUGAAGGAGGAACUACCAAAAAUAUCAACACAAUGGCUGCCAUGCUGACGCUAGCAUAUCUAUAUGAGCAGAAUAAGGUUAAUAAGUUCUUACCAUGGUUAGAGAACUGGGCAGAAUGGGCAAUGUAUGAACUUCCAAGGACAAAAUACGGUGGAAUGUCACAUAUGACAUACAACUCGACCAACGCUCAAGAAUUAUGGGAUGAUACAUUAAUGAUGACGGUCCUUCCGUUAGCGAAAAUCGGAAAAGUCUUAAAUCGACCACAUUAUGUGGAAGAAGCGAAGAGGCAAUUCCUCCUCCAUAUCAAAUAUUUGUUUGAUACCAAAACCGGCUUAUUCUUUCAUGGGUGGACUUUCGCAGAUGGGGGUCAUAAUUUUGCAAAAGCUUUAUGGGCGAGAGGUAACUCUUGGUUAACAAUUGUCAUUCCAGAAAUGUUGGAAUUGCUUGAUUUACCGAUUAACGAUCCAUUUCGUAUUCAUCUUAUCGACACUUUGGAAGCACAGUGUCAAGCAUUGGUUCAAUAUCAAGAAGAGGAUGGUUUAUGGCGCACACUUUUGGAUCAAUCUUCAGACACAGGAUCCUAUGUUGAAAGUUCUGCCACGGCUGGAUUCGCAUAUGGCAUAUUAAAAGCAUUGAGAUUGCGCUAUAUAGUAGGUGAAGAAUACCGAGGUUGUGCAAUCAAAGCUACAAAAGCUGUAUUAGGAAAAGUUAGUGAUGAAGGGGAACUGCUAGACGUGAGUUUCGGGACAGCGAUGGGUCAUACCUUGCAGCAUUACAUUGAUAUCGAUAGGACAAGUAUGCCAUAUGGUCAGGCUAUGGCGAUAAUGGCAUUAGGAGAGUUUUUGAGGGUAUACAUCUGAUUGUUUAUGGAAGAUUGGAUCACGGGACUUAUAGAUUCAAAUCAUGGCCAUUGUCACUCAUUGAUUUGUUCUGGGCUGGAUCAUGUGGUCCGUGGCCGACCAACAUCUAGAUAUAGAUUAGCGUAUCUAAACCUUAUCCCCACCUCGUUUCAUAUGACAAAAACGCCAAAAAGCUUAACACAAUCUCGUGCGCAAGACAAACUUAGGUAAAGUCAUAGACAUUCAACAUUCAACAUCCAGCAGUC